UCUUGGGUAGGCUUCAGUGUGCGCUCUCUUGUCGACCGUCGCAACCGGACAGAUAUUAGCAUGGCUAGGGAAGAGGAGAUGGAGAUCAAGAAGAAAGAAGAGGCAGGCGGGCAAGGGAAGGCUCAGUCUCGGUUCAGAAGGAUAUGCGUCUUCUGUGGGAGCAGCAAGGGCAACAAGAAGAGCUACCAGGAUGCUGCCGUUGAGCUUGGCAAGGAGCUGGUUGCAAGGAACAUUGAUUUGGUGUACGGAGGAGGCAGCCUGGGGCUCAUGGGCCUGGUCUCUCAAGCAGUGCACAGCAGAGGGAGGCAAGUAACUGGGAUGAUUCCCACAACCCUCAUGCCCAGAGAGAUAAUUGGUGAGACAGCGGGGGAGGUGAAGGAAGUGGCAGACAUGCACCAAAGGAAAGCUGAGAUGGGCAGGCAAUCUGAUGCAUUUAUAGCGCUCCCUGGAGGGUAUGGAACGCUUGAAGAGCUCCUAGAAGUAAUCACAUGGGCCCAGCUUCGCAUUCACGACAAGCCAGUUGGGCUGCUGAAUGUGGACGGCUAUUACAACGCUCUGCUAUCUUUCAUCGACAAGGCCAUGGAGGAAGGGUUGAUCGCGCCCACCGCACGCCACAUCAUCGUGCUGGGUACGACAGCCAGUGAACUGCUCGACAAGCUGCAGGAGUACUCUCCACGUCACGGGGAAAUGAAGGGUGAGGUGGAACAACUUAGCAGCCGUAAGAACUGCGACAUGGAUGGGCUGAAAGAAGGAUCAUCCCAGGGACCCGAUGCAGCAUGAUGCACGUGCGUUCAAGUCAAACUCAUGGUUGCUGCUUCUAUCACAUCAGGCUUCACAGUUCACACCCAAGCAUGCCACGUUAUUUGUUUUACUGCAUGUAUCAAAUAAUGCCAAAAACGUGCUCUAGUUCACGUUGCGGCUGAGUCCGAUUCAUUGGCUAGAUUUAGUUUUCACAACGUCUAUUUUUCCCGGUAAACGUCUGACGGACUGGCCACCUUCUUGUCCGUGGGAUGGCACGGAAGAAAUGGAUGGUGGGCAGGAUUCUCAGGCAAUUUGUUGCUCUGUUAAAUAAAGGA